GUUUCCUACUGAUAUUCUCUCUUGUGUACGCCGUUUCUGAGCUCGCACUCCCUCCUCAACAAUGGCUGAACAGACUGAGAAGGCGUUUUUGAAGCAACCCAAAGUGUUUCUCUGCUCGAAGAAAAGUGGGAAAGGAAAGAGGCCUGGAAAGGGUGGUAACAGAUUCUGGAAGAGUGUUGGUCUUGGAUUCAAGACACCACGAGAAGCUAUCGAAGGUACUUACAUUGACAAGAAGUGUCCUUUCACCGGUGAUGUCUCCAUCAGAGGCCGUAUCUUAACUGGAACAUGCCACAGUGCAAAAAUGGUGAAGACCAUCAUUGUUCGAAGGGACUAUUUUCACUAUAUCAAGAAAUACCAAAGAUAUGAGAAGAGGCACUCAAACACUCCUGCUCACAUCUCACCAUGUUUCCGUGUGAAGGAAGGUGACCACGUCACCAUUGGGCAAUGCAGACCUUUGUCAAAGACUGUGAGGUUCAAUGUGUUGAAGGUGAUUCCAGCAGGAUCUUCUGGUAGUACCGGGAAGAAAGCUUUUGCAGGAUUUUAAAAAGUAUAUUUAUCGAGUCUGCAACUCUUUUUGGUUGAUUAUGAAAUAGAUUUUGAGAACAUAACAGGAGUUUUAUUGUUAUGUAGAACACUAUUAUGCUGUUGUUUUUGGUUUAUGUUAUCACUUUUGAGAGUUGUUUAAGAAAUUAUUAUUUGGUUGUCCGUUUUCUU